CAUCGCCGAACCCUAGCCCUAGGAACCCCGAACCGUAGCCCUCCAUCGUCGCCGCCGUUCAGAGGUCGUCAGCGCCGCCGCUGUCCCAAGUCCUCAGGAACCCAGUAAGUCAGCAGGUCUCUUCGUCUUCGCUGGCUUUUCGAACCAGGGAAGCAAUGGCAUGGAGAGGACAUCUUUCAAAGAACAUAAGGGAGCUUAGGUUUUUGAUGUGCCAGUCGUCACCUGCAAGCUCAUCUGCAAGGACAUUUGUGGAAAAGAACUAUAAGGAACUCAAGACUUUGAACCCGAAAUUGCCAAUACUGAUCCGUGAAUGCAGUGGAGCGGAACCCCAACUAUGGGCAAGAUAUGAUUUUGGUGUUGAGAAAGGAAUCAAACUGGAAGGCUUGUCGGAGGCACAGAUCUCCAAGGCACUUGAAGAUUUGGUGAAAGCUGGAGAGUCCUUGAAAGCCUGAUAUUGCACCUUCUCAGCCAUCUGAAAUUGAAUAAUGCUCUCAUGCUGCACUUCUAAUUGAAGAUUGCAUUUGUUUUUUAAUAAGCUAGAUGUAUUCCCCCUUUAAAAUUGUAAUGUUAUCUGACUCGGUCUGUCUCUCUGUAUCUUAUAGUCAUUUCAAGUAUGAUUCUGUUCUUGUCAGGGAAAAAAAGAAAAAGAAAAAGAAGGUAUCAUCCUAUUAUGUUGAUAGUCCUGGGUUCUGCAUGUUGAGCACACUUGUGAUGAGAGAUUUAUUAAGAACUCAGAUUUAAAUUUUCAUGUAUUCAUUUUGGAUUGCAUUGCCAAAGAAUUUUGGUAUUGAUCAAGUCAAAUAAUAUGGUGUAACAAGGCAUGGACCAAUUUAUAUUUUUGGGAAAAACAUUCUAAAUAUUCGCAA